CCCACUUCUAAUGCCAGGACAUCCAACUCCUUGUUUUCCAAGGGCUCGGCGGGCACCAACUGGAAGGACCCCUCCCCCACAGGCGCUCCCAUGGCGCAGUUCGUGUUCGAGAGUGACCUGCACUCGCUGCUGCAGCUGGACGCGCCCAUCCCCAAUGCACCUCCCGCGCGCUGGCAGCGCAAAGCCAAGGAAGCCGCAGGGCCGGCUCCGUCACCCAUGCGGGCCGCCAACCGAUCCCACAGCGCCGGCAGGACUCCGGGCCGAACUCCUGGCAAAUCCAGUUCUAAGGUUCAGACCACUCCUAGCAAACCUGGCGGUGACCGCUACAUCCCCCAUCGCAGUGCUUCCCAGAUGGAGGUGGCCAGCUUCCUCCUGAGCAAGGAGAACCAGCCUGAAGACAGCCAGACGCCCACCAAGAAGGAACAUCAGAAAGCCUGGGCUUUGAACCUGAACGGUUUUGAUGUGGAGGAAGCCAAGAUCCUUCGCCUCAGUGGAAAACCACAAAAUGCCCCAGAAGGUUACCAGAACAGACUGAAAGUACUCUAUAGCCAGAAGGCCACACCUGGCUCCAGCCGGAAGACCUGCCGCUACAUUCCUUCCUUGCCAGACCGUAUCCUGGAUGCCCCUGAAAUCCGAAAUGACUACUACCUGAACCUUGUGGAUUGGAGCUCUGGGAAUGUACUGGCUGUGGCGCUGGAUAAUAGUGUGUACUUGUGGAGUGCAAGUUCUGGUGAUAUCCUGCAGCUAUUGCAAAUGGAACAGCCUGGGGAAUAUGUAUCCUCUGUGGCCUGGAUCAAAGAGGGCAACUACUUGGCUGUGGGCACCAGCAGUGCUGAGGUGCAGCUAUGGGAUGUGCAACAGCAGAAACGGCUUCGAAAUAUGACCAGUCACUCUGCCCGAGUCGGCUCCCUAAGUUGGAACAGCUAUAUCCUGUCCAGCGGCUCACGCUCCGGCCACAUCCACCACCAUGAUGUUCGGGUAGCAGAACACCAUGUGGCCACACUGAGUGGCCACAGCCAGGAAGUGUGUGGGCUGUGCUGGGCUCCAGAUGGACGACAUUUGGCCAGUGGUGGCAAUGACAACUUGGUUAAUGUGUGGCCUAGUGCUCCUGGAGAGGGUGGCUGGGUUCCCUUGCAAACAUUCACCCAGCAUCAAGGGGCUGUCAAGGCUGUAGCUUGGUGUCCCUGGCAAUCCAAUGUCCUGGCAACAGGAGGGGGUACCAGUGAUCGACACAUUCGCAUCUGGAAUGUCUGUUCUGGGGCCUGUCUGAGUGCUGUGGAUGCCCAUUCCCAGGUGUGUUCCAUCCUCUGGUCUCCCCACUACAAGGAGCUCAUCUCAGGCCAUGGCUUUGCCCAGAACCAGCUGGUUAUUUGGAAGUACCCAACCAUGGCCAAGGUGGCUGAGCUCAAAGGUCACACAUCCCGGGUCUUGAGUCUGACAAUGAGCCCAGAUGGGGCCACUGUGGCAUCAGCAGCAGCAGAUGAGACCCUGAGGCUAUGGCGCUGUUUUGAGUUGGACCCUGCACGGCGGCGGGAGCGGGAGAAGGCUAGUGCAGCGAAAAGCAGCCUCAUCCACCAAGGCAUCCGUUGAGGACCAACCUUUUGCCUCAGUUUUUUAUUUUUCUAAUAAAGUCAUGUCUCCCUU